UCUUCUUUCCACUUUUGAUUCAUAGCAAAAGAGGUAAGAAAGGAGAAAGCUUUCAUCGUCUUGUUCACUGAUUCAGCUGCGGCUGUUAGCUCAGAAGCCCUCGGAAAGGAAGUCCUUUUCCAAUACCAGUUUCAGAGGGUGGCGGUGUUUCCUCUCGCUGAGGGAAGAAUUUCGGUGGGAAUGGAGCUGAACUAGGGACGCUGAGCUUCAGGACAAGAGGAGCGGUUGGAUCCAUUCUUCAAUAAUUGAUAAACUCCCGAGCUUUCUCCGGCUGGUGAGGGACACGCGAUGACUGCAGAGACAGCAAAGAAAUCUGGGCCUCCUCAAAUUGUGACAUCUGACAAGGCAUUUAGAUUGGCUGAGCAAUGGGUUAAUAACAUGAGUAAAGCUGCAGAUGAUGAGCCAGUGGAGGCAGAAACUGAGAGUCGACCUUUGAGGCUCGGAUUAGGUGCAAAAGUUUCACGUCAGACCAAACCAGGAAGGUUCAGUGACCCAAUUGCAAGGAAAUUAUUCUCCAACUUGCAGGCCGGGAAGAGAAAAGCUGCCAAAGAGAAUGAGGAAUCUUCCAUUGUUGCUAGCAACACAGUCAAUGAUGGUGAUAGUGAGGAUGAUCUAGAGAGCAGGACUAGCGUCUUUGUGAAGAAGAGAGUGGCUCCUCCUCCAGGAGGUUCUUCACCUGCUCAAAAGAAAAGGAAGUGAUACCCUGCUGUAAAAAGGUACUAGGUUAGCGUUCAGGAGUGAUCUUUAGAUCUCAUUUUAUCUAGCUCUGCAAUUGUAAGUUCCAACUCAACAUUCAUGGUUUGGUGCAAUAGUUUGGGCGUGGCCCUAUCGGUGUUCACUGGGAGAGGUGAUUGUGAUAACUGAUGACUUCAAAUGGUAUCUCAUGAUCUUCCAUUGGCAAGCAAAUCGCCCGCUGUUUCUCUUCAAAAUUCAUGAUCAUUGAACCACCCCGAGUUUCUGAUUCAUAACACAGGUUUUUGUAUCA